UUACGUAUUUCUAAUUCUAAUACCCGUACUAGUAUUUUUUUAAAAAUAAAUAUGAAUAAAUGGGAUGAAUGGAGUAACAGGGGAGAAAAAUAUCCUUUCCAUCUACCCAAUUGAUCAUCAAUCUAUCCAUGAGUCUUUUGGAGUUUUUUUUCCCUUGGGUUGAAUAGUUCGAUUAUCCGAUAGGUAGGGGUACUUGUUUCAAGGGCAGUUUUAAUUCUAAAGACUUUUUGAGGCUUCCAAAUAGUAAAGGAGCGGCGAAUUCACAGAACAAAGCUCAAGCUUUCUGGUACCAGCCAGCUAUGCCGAUCAAAUGGGUUUUGCACUGGCAGCCAAAUGCUGGCACAACAGUUAACACCCAAAUACUGAGUGAGGUUUCACAGUGUGUUGAAAGCAUCAAUGGAGCCAAAGAUGGAAGGUGGAAAACUACUCUCAGCUUCUACAAGCCUAUACUCAGAGACCAAGCUAAUGCCAAUGAGUUUCCACGUGACUUUUUGGGGAUUUCACUUCACGAGCAGCCUGACAAGUAUUACUUUGUGCUUAGAGGGCAGCGCCUAAUUAUGGAAGCAGAAUCAUCAAUUCAGACCACAAUGGAGAAGCUCCAGUCGUAUAAGACUAGAGUUGCGCUCAACUUCGAGGGGCUUCAAUACCAACUAGGUGACUUCCGGCUGCGAGUGGGAAAAGUUCUCCCAGUUCACACUGAAACAUUGAGAGGAAUAGUGAUGGAGAUGGAGUACCUCCCCAUUUCUUCAUGGGAAACAUCACACGCGAUCAUGGGCGAGUUCUUUGAUAUCUGGAAGGAGGCUGUCUCCAAGAGAUCAUUGCCGGGCCAUUUUAUGCACAUUGAACCGAACUUCACAGAGUUCGGCCUUGCAGACCAGUACUCCUCUCAACACACAGCCGUUCAGUAUGCUUGUAUCAUGGCUCAAAUGAUAGCCACGUCUCAAUCCGCGCAGGCAAUGAGAAGUUAAGCACACCACAGUCCUCUCAUCUCCUUAGGGUAAGUGUGUUUGCACAUUUUGAACCUAAACAUUCUGUUUCUAAAAAAUUCUUCCAUUUGGGUGUGGAUUCUCUUUGAAGAGUUUGUUCCAGAUUGAGUAUAUUUAAAUGAGGUGCAGUUUUUAUACUUUUAGACUCAUUAGUCAAGAAUGGAUGAUUUUUUUUCAUUAUUAGGCAUUCUCUAAAUACAUAAUAUGAAAUUAAUAAAAACUAUUUUAGAUC